ACCGUGCCGUGAGAUGGCGGCGCUGGGGGCCCGGCGGGUGCUGCGGCCCGGCCGGCGCUGGUUCUCGGAGACGGUGCCCGGCGCCCCCGCGCCGCUCGCCGGACCCCUCUACCCGCCCGUUGUGGCGUCCAUCACGGCCAAGAGCAAAGCGGCCAAGUCACGACGCCUGCAGCGCUUCAAUGAGCGGGUGCACGGCGCGGCCACGGUGGAGGAGAAGCUGCGGCUGUACGGGAAGCUGCAGCGGCCCAAGUACAUGGUGUACCCGCAGACCUUCGCCCUCAACGCCGACCGCUGGUACCGCAGUUUCACCAAAACCGUCUUAGUGCCGGGAAUGCCCCCGAGAGCCGCGGCCGCGAAACCCCCGAUAGCGGCGGCGGGAGCGGCAGAGACCGGCAGAGCCCCGGAGCCGAGCGCGGAGGCGCCGGGGGCCGCGGAGGCGCCGGGGGCCGCGACAGCCCCGGAGCCCUCGGCGGGAACCUCGCUGUAUCCGGAUAUAGACGAGCUGCGCUCUCUCGCCUGUGACGCCCUUCUCCAGGAGAGCUUCUACCAGAAAAAGAAGCGGCCGUUCCUCUACCGUGACCAGGAUCACACGCCCGGCCCUUUCCUCACGCAGCUCGUUUCCAGUCUCGCCUCUUCCCUGUCCGGUCGCAACCCACUGCUGGCCGCUUCCUCCCUCGAUCUAAACCCUGAAGUUAACUAUUACUGGCAUCAUGGUAACGAAGUUGUUGUUCAUGGGCAUCGAAAGGGUAGAGUUGAUCCUGUGCGAUUCCAAAUAGAUGACAACCCCCACCUCCAGAUCCGUGUACCAAAGCAGCUUCCCGAGGUUGUACCCCUGGAGUCAGAUCUUGGAGAUGUUCCUGUUAUUGAUCACAAGCCAUCCAAACUGCCAUUGUUCAAAAAACAAUAUGAAAAUAAGGUAUUUAUAGGAUCAAAGGUUGCAGAUCCGUGCUGUUAUGGACAUACCCAGUUCCAUCUCCUUCCUGACAAACUGAGGCGGGAGAGGUUUAUAAAGGCGCGUCUUGAGGAUCAGAUUGAAGUUGUUUAUAGAUCAAAUGGAAUUGCCAGUCUCUUUGCCUGGACAGCAGCACAAGCAAUGUAUCAAGAAUCUGGAGAGGUUCUUAACCAUUGGAACAUUGAUUUUGAGUUUUGCCCAGUUAAUACUUUAUGUAACUUCAGAAGAGAAACUUGAGUGAUAUCUUUCGGGAAAAAGUGAAGCAGUGUCAAGAAGGCUCACCUUGAACAGAUACUCAAACACCAGUUUGGAGUAAGUAUAUCAGGUAUUGAAAUGAAGACAGUCUUACCAUGUUCUAAUUUUAGGGCGCUACUUUCCAAGUGGACAGAUAAUUGUGAUGAUUUGACUUCUUAUUUUAGGAAGGUGAGUACCUAAUUUUCAAGAAUGAAGAGACUGGUUAACACAGACGAUGUAACAGAGGGCUCUUCUUGUGGCCAUCAUUUUCCUUAAGUAACACCAUCCCUCACUUUUCUUAAUUGUUUUGCUCCUGGCUAGUGUAGAUGACUUCAAGUCAUCUGGGCUCAGAUUCCUGGUUUUGCUGAAGUUAGAUAGAAGCUGUACAUCUGAACACACUUUUUGAAUUGGAAGCUUAGCAAUCAACUAACAAAAUCCCCACUGUUCCAACUUUCAUGAAAACUGAGAAUCUUGAUUUUAGAACCUGAGAGAACUGUAUUGUGUUUCCUGAGACCAUCUGUUGUGUAAAUGCCAAAUAAUGAAUAUGAAACUAUUCCUUAGAUCUGCAGAGCAUUAAACAUGUAGGUGUUAAAUCUGGUUUUACAAGACUGAAAGAAAAUUGUGUUUAAUGCUGGAGGGAGUUAUAGCUCAAGUUUUAAUUUCUGUUCAUUGGCAAUCUAGUGAAUUAUUUACCUAUUUACUUUUGAAAUGUCCUGUAUAGGAAAAUAUAUCAGUCAUCAUAACUGAAAUUUGACAAUUUAACAAGAGAAAGAAAUAAAUAAGUAUGUACUAAUGGGAACUGACUUUAGAACCAUGUCGACCAAACAACUUCUGUAGCAAGUUUCCCAUGAACUUUAAGCUUCAAAUUAUAUCUCCACGAUUGUUUGAGGGAAAUUUAAUUCAGACGAUAUUAUAGGUCUGAAGAAGUGUUCAGAAGCUUGUCUAAUUUUAUUCUGGCUGUAUCAUUUGGUUCAAAAAAUACUACAUCCCUGCAAACUUGUUCCACUUACAUUCUUGCACCAUCCUGGGUGCAAAAACGUUGUUGUUGUUGUUGUUGUUAUUAUUAUUAUUAUUAUUAUUAUUAUUAUUAUUAUUAUUAUUAAAAUGCACUUUUUCAAGUAAUGGAGAUUACAUUAAUAACUGUGGUAUUCUCUGUACUUUAGUCCUAGAAGAAUCAAUAUGAAUGAACUUACACUGAUUUUCACUAAGUUGGGGAGUUAUUAUAACUACUAUUUGAGUUAACUUGUUCAGUGUUUUGUUGGUGUCUGUAUGCAAAAUUAUAUGUAUUUUGCAGAUGUGUAUAAAAUUAAGUCUUAAUUUCUGUCUGCUGUUACCAUGUAUUAUACUUGAGUAUUAAAAGCUAUAAAUAAAGCUUGAUUCAGUCAAU